AUGUUCAUCAUAUCGAAUGAGGUCCGGCUUUCCGGUUCCACUGGUUCCUCUGGUUCCUCUGGGUCCUCUGGGUCAUCUGGGUCAUCUGGGUCAUCUGGGUCAUCUGGGUCCACUGCUGGCCUCGCCUCCUCGCUGCCGCCCAAACCUAAACCCACAAAACAAAUCCUACCCUACGAAACAGAAUCCCUAAGAUUGAAACAUAAAUGUAAAGACAUCAAGCAGAAGAUUUUGGAUCUCGAACAUCAAAAUGAACUGCGUUCUGUGGCCAUCUCGAGAGCUAAAAACAGCGUCAAAAGACUGAGGUUCGAGUAUGUUCUUUUACUCGAAAGCCUUGAAAGAAAGGCCUUGGGUCUCAGUAUUCCGGAUGCUGAUAGAUUGAUAGCAGACGAUCUCGACAAAGAUAAUAUAGAUUCACUUCGUUUGGCUGAUAUUACCCGUCUUUUGACAGACACUCCUUUUGCUAUGGCACGAUCUAAUGUACCUCCUUCAAUGGCUUUAGGUAUAGGAAGUCGAAAUGGAUAUGGCAACGUGAUAGGAGCCACUGGUGGUUCUUCAAACGGUUCUCAUAGUUCACAGAGAAGAAGACGUGGUAAUGGUAUGACUGCCGCUAAAAGGAGAUUGAAGGAUCCUGAUUUACCCAAGAGACCUACAAAUGCUUACUUGAUCUUUUGCGAUCUCGGUAAAGAGAAGGUGAAAAAGGAGUUGGAGGCUAAGCAUCCCGGAAUGGCAACCGAUAUGUCCAAGGCCAUGACUGAGGCUUGGAAACAGUUGGAUCAGGAAGGUCGAAACCCCUACUACGAACUCUAUGAAAAGGAUAAGCUACGGUAUCAAAGGGAGAUCAAGAAAUAUAUGGAGAAGAAGCGUCAUGAAAAGGAAGCUGCUACUACUGCUGUUGAUACUACUGCUGAUUCUGAUACGAAUGCUCACGAGGCUCCUGCAGAGACUGAUGAUGAUGAUACUUCUAGUCAGAACACUACUCUCGAACCUUCAAAGGAUGUUGAUGACGAUGGUAGGGUUUUGAAGAAACCAAAAUUAGAAGCUGAAGCUGAUGAUGAUGCUGAAGCUGAUGAUGCUGAAACUGAUGAUGCUGAAACUGAUGAUGCUGAAACUGAUGAUGCUGAUUCUGAUGCUAACGCUAAUGCUAAUGCUAAUGCUGAUGCUAAUGCGAAUGCUGAUGCUGAUGCUGACACUACAGUAGAUGUCACUGGUGAUAGUGCUGACACUACCCAGGAUAUCAAGCGAGAGCCCCUUGAAUCUGUCCCUGUAUGA